AUGGAGGGUGGAGAUAGCCCCAGGGACGAGAGGGACGACAACCUCUCCGAGGCUGGUUUGUCAGAGCUUCACGGCGAAAACGACCCUCAGCCCCUCAGCGACUCCCACGACCCCCACGACUCGGGCGCCCAAGCCAUCGACGGUGACGGCGAUAGCAACGACGAUAGCGACGACGAGCAGUCUCAGACCUACGUGUCUCCCCCCUCUCUCGACGAGGAUCCGGCCCCUCUGUACUCCGACUGGGCACAGCGGGUACUUAACGGUCCCCCCAGUAACUCUCCCCGCGAACAGCGCUUCUUCCAAACCUCUCUAGAAGUUUACCGGCGCCCACCGGUCGAAUUCGAUCCCAACUUUCGAUUUCCCGCCGCGAGGCGAACACUCGUUGUUCAGGUCGUCCCUGCUCACGCCCGCCAACAAUUUGAGCGGUGGCGAGCAUUCAACCAGACAUACCCGGAGGUCGCCCUGCGACAGAGACUCCGGCGGUUUCGCCAGCACCAGCAGCCGCAGCAGCAACAGCCGCAACAGCAGCAGCCGCAACAGCAGCAGCCGCCCCAGUCGCAGCAGCAGCCGCCCCAAGAGGAACACCAGCAGCAAUAUCCGCCGCCCCCUGUUGGACCGCGCCAUCGCCGUACGCUCGCGAUAUCUCUCCCUCCCGUCGCAUUCGCCCAAGAGACACCGUCUCAUCAUCCUCCUUCUUACUUCAUCUCGCCCAUCUCUUCGCCAUCGCCGGCUCAUUUACAAGAUUUUCAAGCCGAUCAUGACGACGACGGUGCCGAAGCCGGGCCCCGCGAGCCUCCGACCUGGCGCUGGACUAGAUGA